CUACUUCCGAUGCUUCCUUGUCGAGAAGGUCCAGGUCAUUCAAAUCGAACCGCUCUGCUCAUCCCCACUAAGCCCACUACCGACAUCAUCACCGUACUCUCCGUCUCCACAGCCAUGUCAGACCCGCAACGCCCCACGGUGCUCGUCGCUGUCCAAGAAGCGCCGAUCGCAUUUAACCUAUCCGCGAGCAUCGCCAAGCUGCAGUCCCUCACCUCUCAAGCCGCCUCCAAGGCACGCAGGGACGCUCAAGCGGAGUGGGGUAAUGACGCAGCCUCUCGUGCACAGAUCCUCGUCGUAUUUCCCGAAGCCUUUCUCUCCGCCUACCCUCGCGGCAUGGACUUCGGUGCCACAGUCGGCUCUCGGACGGAUCAAGGUCGUGCCUGGUUCCGACGAUACCAUCAGUCAAGUGUGCCAGUGAGCGAUGUUGAGGGAGCAGAAAUGAGCGCGAUUAGAAAGGCAGCGAGUGAUAAUGGUGUAACGCUGGUCGUUGGCGUCAUCGAGCGAUGCGACGGACCCAUCAGUGGGCCACCUAGGGAACAAUGGGGCGCCACCGCAAGAGGCGGGAGCGGGACGCUUUACUGCGCUGCUCUUACCAUCUCGCCGACCGGGCAGCUCCUUGCCGCACGACGCAAGCUGGCUCCAACGGGCAGUGAACGUCUCGUGUGGGGACAGGGCUCGCGAGGGGACAUCCGAGUAGCAGACACGCCCGUUGGACGAGUUGGGGCGGCCAUAUGUUGGGAGAACUACGUGCCGCUGUUCAGGCAUGCUCUCUACCAGGAGCAUGCGGAGAUAUGGACGGCUCCGACUGCUGACGGGAGAGAGCAAUGGCAGUCGACGAUGGUGCAUGUUGCGUGUGAGGCGAGGGCUUUCGUCGUGUCGGUAAAUCAGUUCAACACGAGGGCGGACUUUCCUGAAGACUACCCUUGCUUGCCAGACGCCAAGUCAACUGACGUGGUCACACGAGGAGGUUCGGUCAUCGUCGGACCGCUGGGCAAGGUGCUGGCCGGCCCGCUCUGGGAUCAGUCUGGUUUCCUUACUGCGUGCGUCGACGACAUCAAGGGUGAGAUCAUCGAGGCGAAGAUGGACUUCGAUGCGACGGGACACUACUCGAGGCGUGACCUGUUGAAGUUGGUGAUCAACGAGGAUGCGUGAUCUUUUGAAUGCCGAAAUUGAAUCGCAAUCAGAAGCUUGCCGGUCAG